AUGUACGCAUCUAGAGUCAUAAGACAGGGAGCCGCAUCUGCUGCUAGAAGAUUGAUAGUCACUCAGGCCUCAAGUGCUGUUUUCGCACACAGAGCCACUAUUGCCAUCAGACCAUUUUCCGUUUUAACCAAGUCCGUCUCUCAACCAUCAUCUAUCUACUCAAGAAGAUCAUACAGUGUCUUGUCAGAGGAACCAGAGGCUGUUACAUACAAGUACGACGGUAUCAAGAACCUUGCUUCUAACCCAGAAGCCCACCCAAACACCGUCCUUGUUGACGUUAGAGAACCAGUUGAAUUCAACGAUGGCCAUAUUCCAAACGCUAUAAAUAUUCCAUUCACCUCUUCUCCAGGUGCUCUUAGUCUUGACCCUGAAGACUUUUCAGAACAAUUCGGCUUUGAAAAGCCUUCCACUGAUAAGGAAUUGGUAUUUUACUGUCUUGCCGGAGUUCGUUCAAGUGCUGCUGAAGAUUUGGCUAGAACUUUUGGUUAUAAAAACAGAGGUAACUACUUGGGUUCUUAUGAAGAUUGGGUUACCCAUGAAAAUGCUAGAAAGUAG